UUUUUUGUUUGGGUUUCCCUACUGACCUCCAAGGCAUAAAUUUUACUAGAAAAAGACAGGCAGAAUCCGAAGCAGACAAAACCCAUUACGCUAAGCAAGCUAAGCAACACUCCGUCCGAUUCAUUGGAAAAUCCAAAAAAAAAAUAGUUUUGUCAUUUGAUGUGUGCCUAUUUGUUAUACUGUGAGAAAACAAAUCUGUAGUUUGGGGAAACCAUAUCAGAGCUUAGAAGCACGGACCUUUUUCUGGCAGGAACAAGAUGGUGGGUCUUUUUUCUAGAUUUUCCGUUGGCAGAGUUGGCCAUCGACGUACCCAGAGCGCCCUUGUUGAUGAGAGAGACGUAUUGCCACCAAAUGCAGAUGGUAUUACUGCAAACACUGCAACUACUGCUACAUCCCAUGGAAUUCAAGUUGCAAUAGAGUUUAAGCCAGUGGAGCACCCUAUUGAGCCCUUUGACAAUGAUCAACCGAUUCAAUGUCCACUUCCUGAGCCUUCGAUACUUAAUGAUGGAAGAAUAUGGAAGGAGCGAGUGUCUGCCGUGCGUAGAAUACCCGACUUGCCAGUCAUGAAGGAAGGUGCAGGCCUUGAAUCUGACCCAGCUGGAUCAAAACCACGGUCUACUCAAUCAAAUCGCAUGAUCUUACCAUCUCUGAGUGCCCCGGAGCAUAAUUUACUAAAGCUCCUUGAAGAAUGUAAUGCAUCUGGGAUCUGAAACUGGGUAUAGCUCUCUGAUUUAGCAUUUACCUACCUCAUUUGUAUUUAUAGUUCAUACUGUUCUCCCUCUUUACGCAAUUUAUCACCUUUUCGACAUAUUUGCUCUGAGUGUAUUUAUAUAACUAUAUAUAGAUGAAUUAUAGCAAAGUAACAACUUAUUGGUUUUAAAUAUAAUCAUGUUUUAUUAA